AUGCUGUUGGCUCAACCUGUUUUCUUCUCUCCCAACGUUCCCACGCUCACCAAGAACACAAAUUCGAGAGCUUCGCUUCAACCGCAUAAGAAUUUUCCUUCUCUCAGAGUUUCACCAGUACCAAUUGGCGGUUGCUUCGUUAAACCACUUGGCGUGAGAACCAAAGCCAAAACCCCUUUGUCUUCGUUUCAGAAAAAGGGUGGUGUCCAAAUCUGCCGUAGCUUGAAGAAAGAGAGUGAGGUUGGUGGGAAUGGCAAUGGAAGAGACUGGACAACCUCCAUUUUGCUCUUUCUCUUGUGGGCAGCACUCAUCUACUAUGUCUUCUUUCUCACUCCAAACCAGACCCCGUCAAGGGACUUAUAUUUCUUGAAAAAGCUCUUGAAUUUGAAAGGAGAUGAUGGUUUCAGAAUGAAUGAGGCGUUAGUAUCAUUGUGGUAUCUAAUGGGCUUGUGGCCGUUGGUAUAUAGCAUGCUCUUGCUUCCUACAGGAAGAAGCUCAAAAAACAGUAUUCCUGUAUGGCCCUUCCUGAUACUUUCAUGUUUUGGCGGUGCAUAUGCACUUCUUCCUUAUUUUGUACUUUGGAAACCACCAGCACCCCCUGUUGAAGAAUCUCAGCUUAAAACAUGGCCCUUGAAUUUUCUGGAAUCAAAAGUAACUGCAUUGAUAUCACUUGCUGUAGGGGCAUCCAUCAUAAUUUAUGCUGGUUUAGCUGGACAAGAUGUGUGGAAAGAAUUUUACCAGUACUUCAGGGAAAGCAAAUUUAUCCAUAUUACCUCCAUUGAUUUUAUCAUACUUUCCACAUUUGCACCUUUCUGGGUUUACAACGACAUGACAGCGCGAAAAUGGUUUGACAAAGGUUCUUGGCUUCUUCCCAUAUCAUUGAUACCAUUUUUAGGGCCUGGUUUAUACCUUCUCCUGCGGCCAUCACUAUCAACAGUGGCCAUUUCACAAGCUCCUGUUGAGCCAGAGUAA